GCUUUGUCGAUUUGCAAGUUGCGCAAAUUCAUCAGCUAACGUAGUGUUCCAUAUUUUUAGCUAUUUUUCUUUGCAGUUAGUAUAAUUGGACUUUGGAAUUGAAGUACCUUUUCAAUUGUAGAAAGGAAUGGUUUUGAGAGACGAUUCAUUUCGUUUUGGUCAAGAAUGACGAACUUCCUCUAAUGAAUAGAAAGGAUUAUAAAGAAUGCGAAACAAACCUUCCAAAAUGGUCAGCUUUUUAACGAAUUAUGUAAAAUGAAAUAGUAUGGUUAGAUAGCUUAUGUCGGUGGAUAGUAAAAGAUCAAAUAUAGGGAUUUGGAAGCACGAACUAGGGUAUGUUCAUACUCUUAUACGGUUGUCAGUAUCAAUAAGAUAUUGAUCUUUUAUUAUUGAUAUUCAUACAUUUUUUCCAAAAAUGUUUAUAAGAAAUUCCUAUGAACAGUGAUAUGCAUGGGCCAUGUAGUUUCUUUUGGUUUUCACCUUGUUCGCAAUGAUGGAAAAAAAAAAAAAACAGAAUUUACAGUUUACAAUAAAAUAAAGAAAUCUAUAAUUGUGAAUAGAUAUUCCAUGGGAAUUUAUGACCUACUUCAAUUCUUGUCUGGUGCCAAGCGUACCUUUUUACUUUCCCGAUUUCCUGACAAGACCAUUCAAGUGAAGAAGCCAUAUCAAACGAUUUGGUUUUAAUUCCAGUUUAAUUGAAGUUGAUAAGCGGUUUAAAGAACUACCAUUUUAUAGAACAGAAAGGAUGGCGAUCUGGAAUGCAGCAGCUUUGAUGGGACUUUUAGGUGUUGGCUUGGGAGCAUAUGGUUCUCAUGGAUUGCAAAAACGCGUUCAAGAUCCUCACUUGUUGAAGUCUUGGUCUACGGGUUCUACCUAUCUGAUGUUUCAUGCCCUGGCUGUGAUGGCGAUUUCUCUCCAUCCAAAGUAUGGCAAAUCGAAAUGGUCCGCUCCUUUAAUGAUCGGUGGUAGUACACUAUUCUCGGGAAGCAUUUUCGCUCUUGUAUUGCUACCAAAGACAUCACCCUUCCGUAAAUACUUGGGCCCGAUAACACCUUUAGGAGGUCUUUUGAUGAUUGCUGGAUGGUCCACUAUGCUUCUUUAACCAUACCUUGAAUGAAACAAAACUACAGAUAUUUGUUUUGCAAUAAAUAACAGGUUGUGUUUGCAUAGAAAGUUGUAACUCAAGCAUUAUGGUCAUAUUAUUCAACGACGCUUGGCAUGGGUCCUUAUAAGAGAUGUUAGUUUUAACACGUUAUCGACUCAACAACGUUCAGCAUGAAAUGAAACAGAAAAGCUUACAAGAGAGAUUUGAUGAAAAGUAAAGCAAAAACACAACCACAAACCAAACUUGGGUGCACUAUAAAACAUGAAAAAUAACGAUUGAUUAGGUAUUAAACAUAAAACGAAGCAUGAAGUAUAAAGAGGGAAUUAGUUUUUCAAUUGAAUCAACUUUUUCUCUUGCAAAUAAGCGACGAUCUUUUCUACGGAUUGUUCAGUGGACAUGGUUCCGGAAGAGACAACGACUUCAGGUGCAACAGGAGCCUCAUAGGGAGCAGAGAUACCAGUGAAUUCCUUAAUUUCACCGGCACGAGCACGUUUGUAAAGACCCUUGGGAUCACGUUGCUCGGCAAUUUCAACAGGGCAAUCAACAAAGACCUCAAUAAAAGGUAAGCCAUCUUUCUUGUGAGCUUCACGGGCUUGGUCACGGUCUUUGCAGUAAGGAGAGAUGAAAGAAGUGAUCGAAACGACGGAAGCAUCAGCGAAGAGCUUAGCAACAUGACCGAUACGGCGGAUAUUUUCGUUACGAUCCUUUUCGCUGAAACCAAGAUCGCUGUUGAGACCAAAGCGUACGUUGUCACCGUCUAAACGAUAAGCGGUAAUGCCAUUUUGCAAGAGGUAUUGUUCCAAUGCGCAAGCAAUGGUGGAUUUACCAGAGGCCGAUAAACCAGUCAACCAGAUGGUCAUACCUGGAUGGCCCAAAAAGUUGGUACGUUCGUCUCUAGUGACAGAACCGGGGUGAAAAGUAAUGUUGGUAGCCAUGUCUUGAGAGGACAACGCCAAAAUAAACAAAACAAAUGAAAACUGGCGAUUCUAGGAUAACGAGAAAAGAAAAGUUUCACUGCUGUCAAAACAAAAAGGGAAAUGCAAAAGUAAAGGUACUGCAAAAGGGAAAAGGUGAAUAACAAAAGAACAGCAAAAGCCACGAAAAAGAGGAAUCGUGCUUUUUUUAUUUCCAUCAAAAUGUUCAAUCGCAGACAGUCACAUUGGAUGUCGCAAUAAAGCUGAGAAUUACGCAAGUACGAGAUCCGAUCAUUUAGUUCGCUUCAGUUGAGCUUAUUUUGUUGGUUUUUGAUGAUGAUCAUGUAAAUAAAUAAAUAAAGAGAGAAAACGGUAAGAAAAGCAUAGAGCCAUCUAAAGCAAAGUAAUGCAAUCCAAAGCAAAAUAAUAUUAAUCAUUGGCAGAAUAUGAUAUCAAAAGGGAUUUUUCUUUGUCUUUUUUUAUGCGAAACCGAUUACGACUCUUAUUUUCGCAUACGCUUUAUUAAAAAAGGUCAGACCAUGAAAAGUCACUAGGAGUUAACCUUGUAUAGUGUUUCUAUUAAUAAAGUAGAAAAAAAAAUAAAAAAAGAAAAUAAAGGAGUAAACUAAUUCCUUUUCAACUACCUAGAAAGCCAUUUAAAAAAGAAAGAUAAAAUGAAAAACAAAGGGGCCAACCGGAUUUGAACCAGUGACCUGGGGAGCUGCAAUCCCUCACUCUACCACUGAGCUAUGACCCCAAAGUUCGAUAAUGGAUGCUACAAAUAUCUAUAUAAACGGUUCUAUACUUAGAGGUGUGCUCUAGAUCUAGCACUUUCUGAAAACAGUAUUGGGUUCGUUUUAAAAUUGGUCUUUUAACUUUUUGGUUAAAGCUAAGUAAAGUAGAUAUGUAUUUGCCCCAAUAAAUACGAAAAUGGUUCGUCUCUAGCUUCCUCUAGCUUUUCUCUCAACCAACACCUACCUAUGCUAUAUUAUGUUAAGAUCCCUCUCUGUCACGAUCGAUUACUGUAUUUCAGUGUAAUACGGAGAGUGGCGUAAAAACACAUUAACGUACUGUGUCAAAGUACGGUAAGGUUUGGAACGGCGUACCGCUGUAGAUCAGUAAAGGGAACACCCUGGUUUGCAAGUCACAUGUAGGUCCUUUUACGACGGCAUAGCGAGCUACGGAAAAGGUGAAAAUCUCGAAUUUGCAAACCUGCGCUUCGCCAAAUUCAUUGUA